AUGGUAGCUUGUGUCCAAUGUCCAGAAGAUCAGUAUGCAAAUCAAGAAAAAAAUGGAUGUCUCCUGAAAAGGAUAAACUUUCUGUCUUAUGAAGAACCUUUAGGGUAUAAUUUAGCUUGUCUUGCUGCUUUUUCCUCCCUCACCACAACAUGGAUGCUGGGAAAUUUUAUUAAGCACAAAGACAGUCCAAUUGUCAAAGCCAACAACCGGGAUCUCACCUACAUUCUCCUCAUCUCUCUUCUGUUCUGCUUCCUCUGUCCUUUGCUCUUUAUUGGACAACCUGGGAGAAUCACCUGUCUCGUCAGACAGCCUGCAUUUGGCCUCACUUUCUCACUGUCCAUCUCUUGUGUGUUGGCCAAAACCAUCCUUGUUUCUCUUGCCUUCAAGGCCACCAAGCCAGGAUCUCGGAUGAGGACAUGGGUGGGGAAAAGACUGGCUGUUUCUAUUGUCCUUCUCUGCUCUCUACUCCAAGCAAGCAUCUGUAUUGUUUGGUUAUCUACCUCUCCCCCAUUCCCAGAAUUAGACAUGCGUUCAACAACUGAAGAAAUGGUUCUACAAUGCAAUGAAGGGUCAGUUGUUAUGUUUUACUGUGUCCUGAGCUAUAUGGCCCUCCUUUCACUUGCCAGCUUCAUUGUGGCUUUCCAGGCUCGUAAACUGCCUGACAGUUUUAAUGAAGCCAAGUUCAUCACCUUCAGCAUGUUGGCUUUCUGCAGUGUGUGGACCUCCUUUGUACCGACAUACCUGAGCACCAGAGGAAAAGCCAUGGUGGCUGUGGAGAUCUUCUCUAUCUUGUGCUCUAGUGGUGUGCUCCUGGGAUGCAUCUUUUUUCCUAAAUGUUACAUUAUGGUUUUGAGGCCUGAUUUAAAUAACAGGGAACAACUGAUAAGAUUUGUUUAA